UUCCUUCUCGCUCGCACCCUCUUUAGUUAUAUUAAAACACUUUUCUCUCAUCGCACCAAAGGCCAAAGUAAAGUAAGAAUUUUACAAAUGGCGUCAUAUGGGGCGGCGGGUAGUUCUCAACUAUAAAAUUUUUCUCCAAUUGUUUUUGCUAAAAAAAUGUUUUCGAUUUGUAAUUUUUUUACAAAAAUUCAUCUAACAAGUUUCCUAAUUGAAAAACUUUUCUAAAAUCAUAAUAGUGCAAGCAGAAAGUGAACAAGCUUUGGAAAUAGUGAAUUCGAGUGCUUAAAGGUCAUCAUCGUACAUACGAAACAAAACCAACCAAUUUUCAAUUUUCCAUUUCGUAUUCGGGAUUCUUUUUUUUUCCUUUGUAAAGAAAUUUUCACAUCAAGAAAAAGUAAAAAGAAUUAGAAAUUUUUUCCUCAGCGGUGUGUGUACCUCGAUUUGGUGUUUUUGAUUAUAUUUUCAGUGUUUUUCUGUUAACUAAUAAAGAAAAAAUAAAAGAAAGAAAAACCAAAAGUUAAAUAUUCGGCAAAUCGUUAUCGUUGAAUCACCGCCACCUUUGAUGGAAGCUCGCUCAUAAAUAACGUCAAUAAAUGGGGCAUGACUUAUAGGAAAACAAUUAGGAACAAUUGUUUAUGCAUUUUUGCAUUGAAAACAUCGUUACUAGAAGAAACUAGAAAACAAAAACAACAACCGAUUUGGCGUUGUUUUUAUCCGCAAAUAUUUACGAUAAUCUAAAUAAAAACAACCAAUUGUCAAAAUCGUAAUUGAUUGGCAAUGUGGCAACAUGCGGGAUCCAGCAAAGAAUCAAAAGUAAACAAAUUUGCGAUGAAGCAAAUUAACGUGAGUGUGGUGGGUCUAUCUGGCAAUGAAAAAGAGAAAGGUCAGAGUGGCGUAGGGAAAUCAUGCCUAUGCAAUCGUUUCAUACGCCCAAUGACUGAUGAUUAUUUCAUCGAUCACAUAUCUGUUUUGAGUCAGUCGGAUUUUAGCGGACGAAUAGUAAACAACGACCAUUUCCUCUAUUGGGGGGAAGUUAAGAAAACCACAGACGAAGGCACCGAGUACAAUUUCAAUGUAGUGGAGCAAACUGAGUUCAUUGAUGAUGCGACAUUCCAACCGUUUAAAGUAGGCAAAAUGGAACCAUACUACAAGCGUUGUACUACAACCAAAGUAGCGUCAGCUGAAAAGCUAAUGUACGUAUGCAAGAGUCAGUUAGGAAUUGAAAAAGAAUACGAGCAAAAAGUUUUGCCAGAUGGACGCCUUACUAUCGAUGGCUUUGUUGUGGUUUUCGAUGUGAGCCCAGUUCCAAAUCGAUCACUUGAAAAACAAGUCGAAUUUGUUCAUAACAUACUAAUGAACCUGCUUAAGACAAAGAAGCCAAUAGUAUUAGUUACGACCAAAAAUGACGAUGCGAGUGAAGCUUAUAUCCGCGAAGCGGAGAAAGUUUGCCAGCGAAAGGAAUAUAAAGGUGCGAUUCAACUAGUUGAAACAUCGUCUCAUGAGUCAAUUAACAUCGACACGGCUUUUAUACUACUGGCACAGCUAAUUGAUAAGACUAAAAAUCGUACGAAAAUAACAACUUAUGCGGAAGCGGCUCGGACACGCAAAGAACUUCUAGAUACUAGAACCGAAGCUGUGGCUAAGCUGAUCCGAAAUCAAAUAACCGAUUAUCACACACUAUGGUCGCAUGGCUCAAAGAUGCUCGCACAACAUCGAGAGUGGAAUGAAUUUUUAGAUUUGUUUGGUCAAGAAGCGGGCCAAAGGAUAUUUCGAAGGCACAUGAAAAAACUACGCGAUGACCAUUUGAACAAGCGACUUCAACAAUAUAUGGAUGGAUUUGUUGGUGCCCUACAAGAUAUUAUUCCGGACAUAGGGACAUUUAAUAUUGAAACUGACGAAGACUGGAAUUCUGUUAGAAACUACAUACGAAAUCAUGUAGAAUUUGAUCAAUAUUUCUUUGAUUGUCAACGUGCGCCGUGGACAGAUUUAAGUGACGUUAGUGACAUCGAGGAUGAAGCAAGAAUUCCGUUUGAUAUUUUGGAUACUCCUGAAGCCGAAACUGUUUUCAAAAAUCAUUUAAAUGCGUUGCAACAGGAACAAAAGAGAUUAGAGUGGAAGAAGCAGUUUAAAAAGCUCCUAGAAGAGACUGGCUACGUAACCCCGGGCAAGCAACUAGCUGAAGUUCGUGUGCUUUUUAUGGGACGUGAAUGCUUUGAAGCAUUAUCCGAACAUGAUUGCCAACAAAUUUACGAUAAUCAUCAGCGGGAGCUAAUUGACAAAGCCAAGCACAAUUUUUUGGAGUUAUUACUAGAACAUGCAGAUCUGUUCCAACAUUUUAAAAAUAUAGAGCCAUCCGGUACGAUUACUCAAGAUGAUAUUAAAGAAAUUACUGAAGUAUUACAAGAUGAUUUAAGAUAUAAGCUAUUGGAUCGUCUAGAUCAGGAUAGGAAAGUAAUGCUGUUCCAACAUCUUGGCUUUAUUCAUUGUCCAAUCAGGGAACAUUGUCCAGCAUUUCCAAAUUGCAUGGAUUGCAUGAUUGAACGAAUAUUAAGCUUAAAGAAAACAAGUACUCUCACAUCAAACAAAUGGAAAUCUCCAUCCACCGAAAGUAUUUUAAAUCUGCUGAUUAUGGGAUCAGAGCAUUUAGCUAGUGAUUUACUAAAUGAUAUUAGAAUAAGUUCUGGCAGUGAAGGCGAAUAUAUUUAUGAUAGUCAGACUUAUUAUCUCAACUAUAGAAUUGUAAAUGGAGACAUGGAAUCGUUUAAGUCAAUUGAUUUUCAAUCUAGUGGUUUAAUUUGUGUUUACUCUAACCAACAAUCUUUUGAAACACUGAAAGAUAACCUAGAACGCAGUUUGCUUUGCAAUUUGGAAUUGGAAGAUAAAUUUGAAAAUCUACCAAUCGUGCUAGUUUAUCAACCGCACGACUUGAAAGAAAACGAAAUUGACUACUUACGCGCUGAAGGAUUACGUUUAGCAGAAAUGUUGCACUGUGAAUUUAUCGACACAAUGAAUUUUUACCGCCACCGCCAAACACCUCAUCAGAAAUAUGUCUACGAAAUACUGAACAAUUUGAUCAUAAGUUUACGUUUAUCAGAUAUCAAAUGUGAUGAUUCAUAUCAGCCAGAUCAUCCAGACUUGAGAAUUAUCAUUUGUAUGUUUUGUGGUGAUCUUUAUUCUCCAGAAAGCAUUCUAGCUCCUUUAGUGUCAGAAUCUACAUCGAGUGUUACUCAGGAUCGGAGUAUUUUAGUAGACACCUUCCUGGGCGAUUGCAAGAGACGAGUUGAGUUCAUAAUUUCUUCUUAUCAUGGGGCAAACCAAUAUCGUGAUGAAUUGAUACACGGAUUCAUUUUGUUCUAUUCAACUAAAAGAAAGUCAUCUUUAGCAAAUUUAAAUGCUUUCACAAUGAACAUUCCAAACAUGCCAAUACAAAUAAUAGCGAUUACCGAAAAUGGAGGUGCUAAUGCGUUUUUCAAUAACGAUUUAUGUCAGCUAUUAAUAACAGAAGGGAACUCGAUCGCUGAUCGAUACCGUGCCAAUUUUAUGACAUCCUCAGCUGGACAACCAUUGAAAUUUGCAAUUUAUACACCGUUCUUGAAAAAAGUAUGGGAUCGUAAACCAGAAAUUGAAAGUCUACACAUGGAAGAACCAGUGACUUUGGAUUCCGGAGAGGGCACAUUGGAACAUUCCAUGCAUCAUUUGCCACAGCCUCCUCCAAGACACGAAAGCUAUAUGCUGAAAAAUACAGCGGGUACUGAUGGUUCUGGGAGUGAAAAUUAUGAACAUCUUCCAACUAGAUCAUUGAAUUCAUUAAAUGGUGAAAAAGAUAUAUCCAUGGAUGAUACAUAUGAUGAUGAUAAGGAUGAGAAAGCUAGACUUUUACAUCAAGGAUUCCAGAUUUAUCCACCACCAACAACGCCCCCAGAGCCUGCACCUCCAGAUCACCACAUGGCUCCCUCAUCGAUAAUGCGUCAAUUCAAGGGGAAUUUAGUUUCAGCAUCUCAGUCCAGUUUAGACGAGAUAACAUCGGAUGUGAGCGGUUCGAAGGAUUCAUUGACAACUCAUGAUUCAGGUUGGCUGGACGAUCAACUUUUUAUAAGUCGAGAUGCCGAAAAGCACGAUGUUCGUGGAAGUGUUAGGAGGAACACGAUCUGGAAUAACUUCAGUGGGUCAAAUCAUCAUGCUUUUACUACAGGACGUAGGCAAAACGAAUCCAGUUUUGCAAAUAAAAUAAGGCCAAAAGGACCUAGUCAGACUCUGAAGCAACCUGGAAAAUUAAAUCUGAAGAACUUCCAACUAGUGAGUGAUGCAGUUGCCCGGAUGAAUGUGAGCAGUGAUACCAAUUUAGCAGAAGGUGAUAACAAAAACGUUUUAAAUUUAAAUAAUAAAUCGUCAAUAUUUGAUCAUGCUCCCCUUGCGGCUCCCGAAGAUGAUUCCGAUGAGAUGGCAGAAUACGCACAAAUCAAAAACGCAUACGGGGAUGAAGGUAACAAUGAUCAAAUAUACAACUUGCCAUAUGAUUUGACACCAAGCAAAUCGAGCAAAUCUAGACACCGUCGGGAUAAAGAACAAAAGUAUUCGGAGUCGGAUAGCGACUCGAGUUCAUCAGGACAAAGAAAAGCUAGAGACGGUUACUAUAAGAUGAACCGCAAACAACAGACACACAAACGUACUAGGAAAAAGCGCGUUCCCAUCCCCGUACAGCCUCCAAAAGUGCCUCCUUUUGGAACAUUUGUGAGUCCCCCUGAAAUUCCGAUGCAUUAUCAAAAAAUGAAAACUCUUGAAAAAGUUAAACACAUGCAUACCGAUGUUCAAGAAGAGGAAUCAAGUGUAGAUGUGUCGUCUCCACGAGAUAAUAAUUCGCCCAUAUUUGGGAUGGUCUCAAAAACCGGAGAGAAUGAUAAACUGCUUGAUAUGAAAAUAAAACCAAAAAAUUGGAAAGAAGAGGAAAAACUAGAGAAACGCCGUCUUAAAGAAGAGCAAGCUAAAUUGCGGAAGCAACAAGACAAAGAAAAAGAACAAGAAAAGAAAAUGAAACGGAAGUCUAAACAAAAUAGCAAGUUGUCAUCUGGUGCGAUUGAGAAUCUUGAAACCGCUCUAUCGUCACUGCCAGAAUUUAUGCAAUCGGAUAAAAAUAAUAUUCCAAUAUUCUUACAUAAAUGUAUACAAUUUAUUGAGCAGGAAGGUUUGGAUUCCGAGGGUAUAUAUCGUGUUCCUGGAAAUCGUGCUCAUGUGGACUUGCUGUUUCAGAAGUUUGAAGAAGAUUCGAAUGUUGACAUUGAAUCGUUGGAUAUACCAGUUAAUGCCGUGGCAACGGCGUUAAAAGACUUUUUCUCAAAGCGUUUUCCGCCACUUUUCGACAAAGAAGUUAUGGCUGAAUUGGAAGAAAUUGCUGGUACACCCAAUGUUAAACCAGAAACGGAAACUGUGGGGUCGCGAAAUAUGUCCUCGGCUAAAUUAAGCAUGGAAGUAAAAACAGACCGUAGCUGCCGUUUGAUAUCUCUUAGAAAUCUGCUCAACAAAUUACCGGUUGUUAAUUUUGCCAUAUUAAAGUUUAUUUUUCAACAUUUUGUUCGUGUAUCAGAAAACUCCAAACUAAAUAGCAUGGAUAGUAAAAAUCUCGCCAUAUGCUGGUGGCCAACACUCAUACCGAUUGAGUUCACUGAUAUGGGACAUUUUGAACAGCUGCGUCCAUAUCUUGAAGAUAUCGUACAAACUAUGAUUGAUCAAUUCCCUUACUUAUACUGUGGUAAGGAAGCAUUUGUCAUGGUCUAAGAACAAACAUUUUUGAAAGUUAAGAAAAUACGCAAGUGCUACUUGCGAAACCAACUGAUGUAACGUAACGAAUGCGCUUACAAUUUUUGUUUUUAUUUUUGUUAAAAUUAAAAUAACUGCCCUUUGUAAGGUUGGUAUUAUAUAUUGUCAAAAGAAAAAAAAUACAUUAAACGCACAAAGAAUCAGUGGCAUUUUUGUAAAACAAUAAAAAAAAGUUCACGUGCAUGGUAUAAUCUUCAGUGAUUUAAGCUCUGUAAAUAACAAUUCUCUUUGAAAUAUUUCAAUGUAAAACUAUUGUUUUCUAUAUGUAACACACAAAUUAUAUUAAACAAAAUCUAACCAAAUCAAAUAAGUAUUUAACUAAACAAAAUCUCCUUCAUCGUAAAAAAGAAAAAGAAAACUAAAAAAAAAUAUAUAUGAUGUGAAUGUACAUUUCUACAAUUUAAGCGUAAAUAAUAUUUAAAAGUUAAAAUCUUCAAAUUGUAUAUUUUUUGUUUGAAAUAAUAUAUAUUUUUAGUACUUUGCCAUUAUUUAUGAUUUUUGUUAUUAUUAUUUUAUUUGUAAAUGAGGCUGAGUUUAUAAUAUAUUUAUAUUUUCUUUCAAUUUUUUCUUUUAAAAAUCUACUUUUAUUAUGUGAUAAAUAUAUAUUUUUGAUAGCCGUUAUAAUAUUGAUUUUUUUUCAAAUUCAAACCGAAUAACAAAAACAUAUACUUAUGUGUGUAUAUGUUUUUUUUAUCAUAAACAUAACAUUCACCUACUACUAAAAACAAACUGCUAAAAAAAGUGAACGAAUAAAAUAAAAGUAAAUAUAAAUAAAACAAAAAAACUGUUAUUCAGCUUCGCAAUUAAAUUCCCAAGGAAUUAAUGAAAUACAUUUUAAGAUUUAAAACUUACUAUUGAAAUAAAACAAUUAUAAAAAAAACUUAAACUCGCUUUUUUUAGAUAGAAGAUGGUGAAACAGCUAAAAACUAGAAAUUUAAAAAGAAAAAUUAAAAACAUAAAAAGAUAUAAACAAAUAUAUAUUUAUAUAUUUAAAACAAACUGAUAGGCGUUAUCCUCUCCAAUUUGCAUUCAUUCCAAUGGUUUUGUUUUAUGUUGUAAAUACAAAUAUAUGUAUGGAAGUCUAAUGAAGGCAGUAUUGAAACUUAUCUUUUCCUGUUUGUUUCUGUUCAUUAAAUAACUAAUUUACAUAUUUUUUAAAUACGACUUUGAAAAAUUUAUUUCUUUUUCAAGUUUACACUUUUGCCCUUCCGAACCGAACCAAAAAAAAUAUCAGACUUGACAGCCUUUUAAAAGGGAAGAAGAUAGUUCCGGCAUUAACUUUUUCAUUAUGCAUAAUUAUUCUGGUUAUUCUGGCAUCAAUUGUUAAAUCAGUUGAUGAGAUGGCAAUUAUUCAGGCUUCUAUAGUCUCCAAUGCAUUCAUAUACUGGUAAAGACAUUCGGAAAUAUUUAAGAGAAAGACAAAUAAAACGUCUUGCUUACUUAUCGCAUAUGUAAGAGCAUGCAAAUGUUUUUAGCAAUUAAAAACUACCAAUACGUAAUUUCAGUACAAUAAGAAGGUUCUUCAAGUUGUUUAUAAAGCAUAAAAAUCAAGAUCUUAUAAACAAAAAAAAAAACAAAAAGGGUGAAAUUAAAUCUAAUCAGUGAUAAAAUUGAUGAUCGUAGUUGAAAUUAGAAACAACAUAAAAUAAUGAUUAACAACAUAAAAUUUGCAGAAUUAGAAGAAACCUAGAAUUUUGAACAGCUACGACUCAUGAUUCGAUAAAUGGUUUCUUUGUUUGUAUUUAAGGAUUCAAUCUCCAAGACUCCGAGCGUCGAUGAAGCCCCUUACAGCCCUAAGCAAUAAUCUUUAUCCCAUCUUAUUAAAUACAAAUUGCUGUUGAAUAAAAACACCAUAGAUAAAUAUGUAAGUAAACUAAACUUAUAAAGUUAGCCUUAGCUUAAGAACUCAAAUAUGUAACUUUUUGUUUUGAGAAAAAAACUAACUGUUAUGUUGAGAAAAAAAGUGCAUAUCUUAUUUUACAUAAUUCAUAAACGAAAGAACGGCUGAAAUAUCGAAACUGAUAAGCUCAAAGAUCUAAAGAACUUAAAGUGGCAUAUUUCAAAUUAUACAUUUGUAUUAAAAGUCAUCUUAACUACAAAAUAAAUUGUAAAAGUUGAACGUUAUUCUUUUCGUUUCGACUAACUUUUUGUUAUAAAGCAAACAAGAAUUCACAGAGCCCCAAAAGGGCUAUCGGAACAAAAAUCUCUCAAAGUGUUGCCCUUCUCCGAUAGUCUGAAUUUACAUUCUCUUCUCCUACAAAGCUAGAACAUCCAACUUUCCUCAUCUAGUUUACAGAGAUGUUUCAGAUCACAGGUCAUCACAAUUGAUGUUUUCUAUCAGGUUUAUCUCAAUUUUAUCUUUUCAUUAUUUUUAUUUUUCCUAAAUGAUUUUUAUAAUUAUUUUAUUUUAGCGGACAAGCCAUAUGAGACCACAGCGUGAAUACAAAAAAGCUAAUAAAUAAAUAAUAAGUAUAUGUAACGUGUGCAAAUGUUUUAAUUAAACUAGCUAUUAUAAAAAUUGAUCAACAAAAAGAUACAACAAAUAAACAAAAUAAUACAUCAUUACCUACUAUUAAGCAAAAAAAAAUUAAACUUACCUUUAACAAUUACAACAAACAGAAAUAUAUUUUUUAUUUUUUUAUUACAAAAAGGAAAACGAAAUUUAAAACUAAGAUUUAAACAAAAAUGUAAAGAAAAAAGUAUCUCAACUUUUUAGAGGGAUAAGGCGAUCGAAUGAAUGUAAUUCCGUAAAAAUAGUAAUAUUAAAAAGAGGAUUCAAGUUGAAGGAUAAAUUAAAACAUAUUCAAUUUGACAAAACAAAAAUUAUAUAUAUGUAUAUGUAGAGUUACAAUUUUAAUAAAAAUGAAUUAAAAAUAAAAAUAAUAAUAAUAAAUGUGGUAUAUAUUUAACGUGAUAUUUAUGUUUAUAUUGGUAUCAAUAAAUUAAAAAACAAAAAAAAAGUAUUGUGAACGUUAUUUUUAGGUAGUUAUCAAAAGUAAGAAACUUCAAAUUAUAUAAAUAAAUGUAUGCAUAAAUUAAAAUAUCUUAAUCAAGCUUUUCAAUUAAAAAAAAAAUAGUUUUCUCAUAUUCGGUUGAUUUGUACGGAUUAGCUUUAUUCUUUAUUUGAAUUCAAAUUUUCAAUAAAGUAUUAAUUUUUGAAAUCUUUGUUUGCUGUUUCAAAUUUGACGCGUUAUUUUAUACGUAAACUUAUCUAAAAUAAAUGCAGCGAACAUGUUUCAAUGAUUCAUUAUGUGACCAAAGGCUUACAAAACUCUGACUUGUAUUGCUUGGAAAGUAUGUUUAAUUAGUUAUAACUUCUUCGAUUGAAAACUAAGUGAGUUAUAACUUUGGUGUUAAGUAGUUCAUUAGCUAAUUGAAAUAUUAAAGGCAUUGGGAUGUAGUCAUAUCGUGUCAAAUUUGAAAAAAGAAAUCAAAACAGAAUUGCAUAUAGAAACAAAAAUUAUGAAAAGACUGAGCUGAUAUAUAGGCCCCUCUUAUGGAUCUUUUGGUUUGUUAAACAAACCAAAAUAUUAUGGAUUGAAACAAUAUAAAAAUACACAAUACAAUUUAAAAAAAAUAAAAACAAUUAAAUUUCGUUUGUAGAACGUCCGUCCUUUUAUCUGCAUCGCGCAUUAUGGUUUUGUAAUUAAUUUUAAAGCCGAAUGCAUUUUUCGUUUUGAAUGAUUUUUGUUCUUUAAAAAGUAUUUGGGUUGUGAAAAUAUGUAUGUUUGUAUGUAUGGUUUAUGAAUUUGCAAGUUUUUGAGUUUCAUUCCUUUUCAGGGGUAGUUGAAAAUGCCUAAAGUAAAGAAGAAAACUUAGUUUUAUGCCUAAUAUUUUAAUUUAAAAAUCAAAAAAUUUCUCAAUUAUAUUUUGAAAAUUCAUUCUGAUAAUAGAAUUCACAACACUGAAGAGCAGUGCAUUAAGAAC